AAGCUGCCUUGAUGCAACUGCUGCAAUGUGACAUUGUGUCGAUUGUGUGGUGGCAGCAGCUAUUAACAACUGGAUGAUGUGGGGUGCAAAUGGAAAACAGUUAAGCCUGGCUGUGCUUUUUGUAGCCAUUGCCUCCUAUGACCUAGGGCUUGCAAAUGGUGUCAGGGGUGGAGUGAUUGGCUUCAAACCCUCUACAAGUGUCAGCAACAGCAUUGAAGUGGCAUCUGCAAGUGACAUUGACUUCCAACCAUCCACAAGUGUCAGCAACAACAUUCAUUCCAAGCCAUCCAGCAGCAGCAACCCAAUGCACAUUUUAUCUGAAGAUCAACAGCAGGUUAUCAAAGAUGAGCAGCAGGUUAUCAGAGAUGAAUCCAAACGACCUGUGAUCCAGAUCUACAAUGAUGACCAGAACCCUCAAGCUACUUCCAAACAUGUGCAACAGCCAAAGCCAUCCUUGACAACGCAGGCUACAGCCCCACCAAAGCAGCAGACCAAGCAACCAGAUGGGGGUAGUAUUCCUCAACAUGGCAAAUCCAAAACCCCUGUGGCACAGAUGUAUGAUGACCAGAAGCCUCAGGCUGCGUCCAAAUCUAUGCAACAGCCAUCCUUGACAACACAGGCUACAGCCCCGCCAAAGCAGCAGACCAAGCAACAAGACGAGGGUAGUAUUCCUCAACAUGGCAAAUCCAAACAUCCUGUGACACAAAUCUAUGAUGACCAGAAGCCCCAUAUCUCCAAACAUGUGCAACAGACACAGCAAUCCUUGUCUACACCGGCUACACCAGCACAGCAGACCGAGCAACAGCCCCUCACAGCAGGGCAUACGUCUAAACACCAGCAGAAGCGGCAGCUCUCUUCUCUCAGCUGAAGGUUGCUGCCACCCAGAGCUGGACUCGUUGGGUCGUGUCUUUUGAAGUUUCAAUAAAAUUUCAAAAUCCCAUUUCA